ACGCACACACACACACACACACACACACACACACACACACACACACACACACGCACACGCGGACGCGGACGCACGCAAACGCGCAUCACUUUUUUGGAACGGGGGAGCGAACUAAGGAUCAACCGCCACGAGGGUCCACCUCUCCUUCUUCAUUUCACCUGGCUCAUCCAUUUUAUUUGAGCAGAAAUUAAACAUCACAGCUGAAAAAGGACACGAAUAACAAAUAAAAAGAAGAAGAAAAAGAAAUCAACUUUGGAUAAUAACCGCAAAUUUCCGCAAAUGCUCUUUUUGUGGUCGUAUUGUUUUUGAAGUGACACUGGACUUUUUGCACCCCCUCGACUGCAGGGAGUUACUUGUCCACGUGCUUUGGAUGUUGACACCUCGCUCCUUUUCGUUAUAUCUCUAUUUGUACAGAGGAAGCGAUAGAGCCGAGCGCAGAGGCACCUGCGCGCCGGUAGAUUUCUAGUUGGCUUUUUCUGUCUUUAUUUGUAUCUUUUUUCUCCUACGGAUCGACAGAGAAGCAGCAGAGGACUGUAAGAUUGACAGGGAGAGAAAAGUCCGCGUUCAUGUUUGGGAUUCAGGAGAGCAUCCAGAGGAGCGGGAGUAGCAUGAAGGAGGAACCGAUCGGCGGUAUGAACGCGGUGCGCUCUUGGAUGCAGGGAGCCGGUCUACUGGACGCCACCACCGCCGCACAGAGUGGUGUAGGUUUGGCCCGAGCUCACUUUGAGAAGCAGCCUCCUUCAAAUCUGCGCAAAUCCAACUUCUUCCACUUUGUGCUGGCUCUGUAUGACAGACAGGGGCAGCCCGUGGAGAUUGAGCGCACUUCUUUCGUUGGAUUUGUCGAAAAAGAAAAGGAACCGACCGGUGAAAAGACAAACAAUGGCAUUCAUUACAAAUUGCAGCUUCUCUACAGUAACGGUAUAAGGACAGAACAAGACUUCUAUGUACGAUUGAUUGACUCCAUGACAAAACAGCCUAUUAUUUAUGAAGGUCAAGACAAGAAUCCAGAGAUGUGCCGGGUGCUGUUGACACAUGAGAUCAUGUGCAGCCGCUGCUGUGACAAGAAGAGUUGUGGCAACCGCAACGAGACGCCUUCUGAUCCCGUCAUCAUAGACAGAUUUUUCCUAAAGUUCUUCCUGAAGUGCAACCAGAACUGUCUAAAGAAUGCAGGGAACCCAAGAGACAUGCGACGCUUCCAGGUGGUGGUAUCUACAACGGUCAGUGUGGAUGGUCAUGUUCUGGCCGUCUCUGAUAACAUGUUUGUACACAACAACUCUAAACAUGGCCGCAGGGCUCGCAGACUCGACCCCUCAGAGGGAACCCCCUCAUACUUGGAACAUGCCACACCCUGCAUUAAAGCCAUCAGUCCCAGUGAGGGCUGGACCACAGGAGGGGCCACUGUUAUUAUCAUCGGGGACAACUUCUUUGAUGGGUUGCAGGUCAUAUUUGGUACCAUGCUGGUCUGGAGUGAGCUUAUCACACCCCAUGCCAUUCGGGUGCAGACUCCCCCCAGGCACAUCCCUGGGGUGGUAGAAGUCACUCUGUCCUAUAAAUCCAAACAGUUCUGUAAGGGAACACCAGGCAGAUUCAUCUACACAGCACUGAAUGAGCCCACCAUUGACUAUGGCUUCCAGCGGUUACAGAAAGUCAUCCCCAGACAUCCAGGUGAUCCUGAACGCUUGCCAAAGGAAGUGAUUCUCAAGAGAGCAGCAGACCUUGUAGAAGCCCUGUAUGGGAUGCCUCACAAUAAUCAGGAAAUCAUUCUGAAGAGAGCAGCUGACAUAGCUGAGGCACUCUACAACGUACCACGCACCCAUAACCAGCUUUCCGGUCUGGCAAACAGCUCUGUGCACACUGGCAUGAUGGGUGUCAACUCUUUCCAUGGCCAGCUUGCUGUCAACGUCUCUGAAUCGACACAGGGAGCCAAUCAGGGUUUCAGUCGGAACACAAGUAGUGUGUCUCCUCAUGGUUAUGUGCCCAGCACAACGCCCCAGCAGAGCAGCUACAGCACCGUGAGCACAAGUAUGAAUGGAUACGGUAACAGUGGCAUGACCACGCUAGGCGGAUCACCCAACUUCCUAAAUGGCUCAGCCGCCAAUUCCCCUUAUGCCAUCGUGCCCUCCAGUCCCACUAUGGCCUCCUCCACCAGCCUACCCUCCAACUGUAGCAGCUCCUCAGGCAUAUUCUCUUUCUCGCCGGCCAACAUGGUGUCAGCUGUUAAACAGAAGAGUGCUUUUGCCCCAGUGGUGCGUCCCCAGGCAUCGCCACCUCCCACCUGCACCAGUGCCAACGGCAAUGGUCUCCAAGUAGAUCAGUCUUUUGUGGACUCUAGCAAGUAUUCCACAGCCAGCUCCCUGCAGGGACUGGCCUUCUCCUGAACGAUCAGUGGAAUGAUCGUUCCUCCAAUGUAGUGGCUCCUGGGCUGCUGAUGAGACACGUUUUAUAUCAGCUCAUGCUCUAAACCCCAUCAGCCUGGACCCUGAAGCUCUGCCUGUCUCCAUGAGGACAAGGGGGAAAAGAAAACAAGAUAAACCCCAACUUUGAAAACUCAGGCCUUUUUACAAGGAGUUUGAAAUGAAGGGAAUAGUGUGGGGUGUUGGUUUGAUUUUUUUUCUAAAUUCAUUUAUAAAAUCAAAGUCGUUUUGAAGCGAACAUUAUAUGCAUUUUAUACAGACUGUACCAUACACCCAGACACACAUACACACACACACACACACACACACACACACACACACACACACACACACACACACGACACUAUGAAAGCAGCUUCAUCUGUAACGUUCCUGUUGUACAGCAGUGAGGGGAAAAUUGCGGUUCUGUUUAAAAAGUGAAUUUAUGUUUUAUGUUUUUGAGAUGUUUAAGAAAUUUAUAAUACUGGACAACUGUGUAAACAGGUGUUUUUCUGUACAAACUAAAUGAAAAUGAACUCUUUAUCAUGGCGCUAGUCCAUGGCCAAAAACUGAUGUUUGCCAUACAUGUUGCUUUUCUAUUUUUUUGUUAUGUUUUAACCGCCAUAUUCGUAAUCUUUUGUAUUGCUUGUCCAGGUACAUGUUGGUUUGAUCAUCUGUUUUUAUGGACAAGAGAACAAUUUAAAAUGCAUUCACAAGCCUUCUUGCCCACUGUGAAGAGCCCAGACCCACAUCCUGCUCCCAGGGAGGAGUUCCUCAGGAGUAGAGAUUUUGUUUUGAAAUGAAUCCAUAUUUAUAUUUGUUGAAAAAUAAUUUGCUGCUCAUCAGUGCCAGAAUCUGUAGUGAGGAAAAUACACUAUGAGUUGCUAUGCUGUGUUAGCUUUGAAAAUCUUUUUCCAUGUCCUAAGGGAUGUUUGUUUGAGGCACCAUAAUGAAGUCAUAAGAAACUUGCCAAUAUAUUUGAAUUUGAACGUUUACUGGUUUAGUUCAAAGGAAAAAGAACAAAUACCACAAGCUUAUGAUUAUUACAUUUUGUCCAUGUGUCAUCUUUGCUGUGAAGGAUCAGAUGAAGAUGAGGAAGACGUCCGUUCCAGCUGCUAAACCAACCAUGAAGAAAAUGAACAGAGGAUGUUACUGAUCAGUCUGGCACUCUAACGGCCUGCUCUUUAAAAAGUGUUCAAACCUUCAAAAAUUUAAUCAGUGCUCUCUGCUAGUCAACUCUUUUGUAUAUAUAUACUUUUUUUUUUAAUGGUUACCUAUAUUUAUAUAUUGAAACGUCUUCUGGCAGCUUUUCAGUUCAGCCUCCCCAGUGAUCUGUAUUCUAAUCUGAUCAUACUAAAUCAACCCUCUCACUGACUGUAGUAAGGAAAGAACAACAGGAACAGGAAGCAACAUGAGUCAACAAAUUACAAACAGAUUCUCUAAAAUAUUCAUAUACACGCUGUAUGUAAAGUUUGUACAUUGCUUUUUCUCCCCUCAUUUCAUUCGACUGUGUAAGUUUAUCUGUGAUCAUGUGCUGUUGUACUUGCCACCUUCGUUUGUCUUUUUGUUUGCUUGUUUGUUUGUUUGUUUGCUUUUAAUGUAAAUCAUGGAUUGUUUGUGUUUACUUUUCAUGUUUGCCAUGCUCUCAUUUUUUAGUUACAUUCAUGAAAAAAAUCCAUUGUCUAUUUUUGUAUAAUUUGUAAGUUAAGAAUUUGUUUCAUUUUUGGAUUUUUUUUUAAUGUAUGGAAAAAAGUAGCAUCUUAUUCUGAUAGCAUUUAGUAGUGUAGAUUUUUAAAAAUAUAUAUAUAUGAUGAAUAUAUAAAUCUAUAACUUUUUUUUUCUCGUUGAGGCUUACAGAAGUUGAUACUGUUAAACUAAUAAUAUGCAUGGGCUCUUCUCUCCUGAGAGUGACAGUUCCAUUUUGUGUGUUGAAACCGGAGGGGAAUUUUUUUUUUUUUUUUUUUUGAUGAAAUAUGAAAAUACUUUCUUUCUCUUUUGGGGUUUACUUUACUAUGCUUCUCUAUUCUUUUUAUUUGACAAUUAUUUAUGCCUGCUUGUAUAUCUGUAUAUUUCUGUCUUAAUCUUUUCACUUUACCAGUACCAGCAGUUUAGAUGCCUUAACAAUGCAAGCUAAUAAGCAUACAAUCACUUGCACAGUCCCAUCGCCACCAUUCAACAACACCAUCAACUUACAUAUGGGACAGUUUUAUCACAUCGGAAAAAAAAGCACAAAUUGGGCAGUUUUACAUAAAUACUGUUAAUAAGACCCCCUAGUCAAAGCAGGGAAAGGGUAAAUUUAGGGUUUGAGGGGAAUCAUUUUAUUGUAUAAUUUUUUGUAUUGGUUUGGAUUAUGAAGGAUAAUGUGGAAGCUGAUGUUGUGUAUGAAGAGACUGGAUGAUUCAUAUUUAAUGUGUGUAGCUAUGUAUUUUGGAAGGGGAAAUUGGAGCACUUUAUUAUUAAUUUAAAACAAAAACUGCAUUUUUUAAUUUUGUUUGUGUUUUAUUUAGUGUGUGAGUGGGGAAAACCCUAAAAAAAGCCAUAGCGUUUAAGCCAGGAGUUCACAUUUAGCUCACAGAGUGCCGAUCUGAUGGUGUAACUCUGCAGAUG